GUGGUGUCAAAGACGGCUGUGCGAUUGCUAGUAGCGGCAUAAAUAGUGCGAAUAUCGAGCGAUAGUUUUUCCCAGAGCCGUCCCGGUGAAACGCGAUGGGGAAAAGGGUACGCAGCGACCACUCCUCCACGGAAUCGGACGGGGCUUCCUCGACGGAAUCGAAAGAGGAGCUCAUCUCAUUAAACAAUAAGGUGAACGGUGCGAACAUGUGCAGCCACAUUACGAAAGCGGUGGAGCUGUCGACGGUCCUGAAAAAGAUCCAGUCCGGGGGGUUCGAUAAACUGUGCUGCCGGUGUACCAAAGAAGCCGUCAUCCACAGCGCGUACGUGAAGGAACUGGAUGGUGCAGCGGACCGGGCCGAUUGUACGCUUUGGAUGUGCCUGAAGUGCGGUAGCCAGCUGUGUGGUCGUAACAGAAAGCAGCAUGCAAUGCAGCACUCCACCCAAUCUGAUAUGCAUGAGCUCGCAAUGAAUACGAGUACCUUCACGAUCUGGUGCUACUGUUGUCAAUUUCCCGUCGAUCCUUACGCAACCCCGAUGCUGCUGGAAAUUGUGGAGUUUGGCAAACGAAAGGCGAGCCGUCUACGAGGAUCAAAUGGAUUCAACGACGCCAGCGCACGCAAUGGACAGCUAACAGAAUCGAUCGAAUCGGUGCGCAACAUGGUGAUCAACGCGCCUCAUUCAACACCGAUGGCCAACAAUGUCAUCGAAGCACUUCCACCGCCACCCCCAGCGCUUCAAGCAAUCAAACAAAAUGUCAUCAACUCGGGGCCGAGUGUCAGUGGUCUCUACAACAUAGGUAACACGUGUUAUUUUAAUGCGGUACUGCAGUGUCUCGCCCGCACCCCCUUUCUGUUGCCCAUACUGAACGAGUCGGCGGUGGACGGCGAAAAGGUACUGAUACCGGGCGGCACGUUGAAGCUCCCGGAUGGGAAUGAAAUGCUGCUGGAGCCAAUCGUCGGUGAGCUGGAGGCGUGGCGCAAGCUGACCGGUAUGCUCGCCGACGUGCUGACGAAGAUGAUCAGCACCACACAGCCGAACACGCCGAGCCGGCUGCUGGGUGAGGUCGUGAGCAAAUGGCCCCAGUUCCGCGCCGGCCAUCAGCAGGACUCGCAUGAGUUGCUGCGCCACCUGCUCGAGAGCGUGCGGACGGAUGACUUGCGACGCUACCAGGCACUGAUUUUGCACACGCUCGGGUUCGGCCAGAAGGACAAGAACUACCGGGACGUGGAUGAAACGCGGAAGGCGAUGCUGCGCUUUUACGGCGACCAGAUCGCGCAGUGGGUGUUCCGACCCGAGCAGGUGUUCCGCGGCUCGCUCGUGUCCACCCUUACCUGCCAGGAGUGCCAGCACACGUCCUCGCGGCACGAAUACUUCCUCGACAUCUCGCUGCCGGUGGUGAGCGUGGAGAAUCAGCAGCCCCCAUUGGCGCCGUACAAUAAAGGCGCCCCCGAGCCGCAUGGUAUGCUUCCGAGGGUUUUAAACGAAACGGCGCCAGCCGGAGACACGCCAGCUGCCACGCCAAAGCAACCGCUCAGCAAAAAGGAACGCGAGCGCGAGAAGAAAGCGAGGCGUAUCGCCAAGCAUCAGAAAAAUAGAAUAAAUCUGACGUCGGUGGGCGGACCCACCGGUGGUUUCCCUGGACUGACGACAAAUAGCACUUCCGUUUCCGCGAGCAGCGAAAACGUGGACACUGUAGAUAUGCCACCAAUGCGGCCUCUGACCGACGAUGUAGUGGUGGAAGGGCGCGCGGAAUCUUCGGACGAUUCCAAUGCACUGUCGGACGCGGACGUGGAGGACAACGACGUGAUGGACGACGGGGCGGUGGACCACAAUGGCAACCAGUCACAGGCACCGUCACGUUCGGUACCGGAAAAGCUGGACGAUACGCCGGAAAAUCCCAACAAAGAGCCGGAAGGAGGGAGCAACAUCGUGUGCGCGAUCAGCGUCAGCGCGCAUCGGGCUGCCCGGUUGCAGCUGCAGCUGCUCGCCAAUGGCAAGACGGCGGCUGCGGCGGCUGCGGCUGCGACGACGGAGGAGGCGUUUUUGAGGCGGCGCGCAGCGGUAAGCGGACGGCAGGGGGCGCGUCAGCGCACCAACAGCCACGCCGACUGGAGCAACACCAUCGCACCGCGUUACCAGUGCGGCGAGGGGGAGUGUUCGGUGCAGUCCUGUCUCAACAACUUCACCGCCGUCGAGCUGAUGUCCGGCAACAACAAGGUGUGCUGCGAGGCGUGCACCGAGCGCAUCAACGGCAAGGACGGCAAGUCGGUGAACACGAACGCGACCAAGCAGUUUCUCAUCUCGGUGCCACCGGCUGUGCUCAUCCUGCACCUCAAGCGCUUCCAGGUGGGCCCGCGCGGUAUAUUCAAGAAGAUCUCAAAGCCAGUCUCGUUUCCCUUCGUGCUGGACAUUGCACCGUUUUGUGGCUCGAAGGUGAAGCGCGCUUCCCACAUCCGGCCGGACCAGAAGAAAAUACUCUACGCCCUGUACGGGGUGGUGGAGCACACCGGGACAAUGUCGGGCGGACACUAUGUGGCGUACGUGAAGGUGCGCCCACCGUUCGGGCCGGACGACGAGCGCUGGAAGUUUAUACCGUCCGGCACCAAGGACGAGCUGGACAGCAAAUCCGAGCACGAGAUGGCCAAAGAGCAGGCGAAGCGGAUGGGCUUCCAUCUGCGCGACAGUGACGAUUCGCUCAGUUCGGCCCAGUCCGACAGCGAAGGGGACGAUACGACGGGUAGCCACGAAACCGACGGUUCGUUCGCUAAAAGCCAGUCACAGCAGCAGCCGCAGCAGCGCAAGCGGCCAAACGCGCUCGAGCAGAACAACGACGACGAGGAGGAAGAGGACGAGGAGGGCGCAGUGGGCUACACUCCGAAGGUGGUGACAGACACCACGCCGGAGGUAGAGCCACCGCCCGGUAAGUGGUACUACGUUUCCGACCGAGAUGUACACGAGGUAAAGGAGGAGAACGUGCUGAACGCGGAAGCGUAUCUGCUGUUCUACGAGCGAAUAUUCUAAUCGUUUAUUUUCGCGGCGUUCUUCCGCGUUACUGGAGGCAGAGCAGGCUGUUCCAAUCGGUUUUCCAACUUUUUACAAUUUACUCAGCCUUACCGUCGUGUACCACCUUUUAUCACGAUGCGCACGACUUUAAGUGAAAACCCAUCCAACCUAUUGCUGUGAAAUGUGCCUCCAUAGUCCCUAAACGAUUGGCCAUUGGCUUAACACUUUGGACGAAUGGUGCACGCGUUUUUCGUAUACGCUGCGACGUUCACAGCACUAAGUUCGAUCGGUUUUCACUAAAAGUGCCGUGCACAUCGCGCUAAAAGGUGGCAAUCACACCCAUCCACUCACACAAUCCGAGCCAAACACUUUAUUGUCUGUUGACCUUUUGUGGCAUCACAUAAUGAUUUCCAUUUUUUUUCUCCUCAUUCCAUAAGGUGUUCCGUUUUGCAUCGUUCAUACGGUUUCAACUAUAUUAGCAGCGUCAAACAUAUUAACCGUACUAACACAUUGUCUGCAGGAUAAUAAAUCGGCCAGCGUGUUGUGCAGCAGAAACCAAAAACAGUAUCGAACCUCAAACGUCGGCAACACUAGGUAAAACAAUUGUGAAAAUGGGCACUCGUUGUGCACGGUGUCUUCAACAUAGUUUCAUACAAAUUCAAACACUUAGUCCGAUUUUCUUGUUCUUUUUUUAAUGGAAAGCUAUAUUUUUUCAUAGAGCAAGUUACAGCGUAUGUUUUGGAAUAAUACUACAUAUGUUCCCAGACUGCUUUAUUCGUUCGUGUAGUGGUAGCUAUGGACCGUAGCGUCUUCACUACGGCACGAUGAAACAGUUCAUGACAAUAUGUUGGACAGCGUGUAAAUUACCUCAUCAAUUCAAACCUUGGAUCGAAACGAUGUAUGUUGUUUAUUCACAUCGUUUAGUUCACGUCGUUCAAUUACCUCGGAUGCAUUUUAGUUUAUCGUCUAUUAAUUGUUCGACAAACAAGUGGAAGAAUAUUUUCUCGUCUCCUUACUAUUCCUUAAGCAUGGAGCGUUCUGAACAAAACCUCGUUGAAAUAGUUAUCCUUAUUUCCUUUGCAUUUUUUUCCUCAUUCCAUAUUAUACGACUUUCCAUAAGGCAUACGGUUGCAACUAUAUAAGUAGCAUCCAAACCAUCCUCUCGUUGCUUUUGCCUUUUGAAGCCGUUUUUUCUCCACAGUACGUAGAAGGAAAAACCGGAGGAUCGGAUUUCCAAACUUGAGGCAUCAGUAAUGCAAACAGAUUUGAAGAUGGGAAAAAAAUACCUCAUUACUUUGCCAUGCGAGCCGUUACGAUUGGCCAGCCGGAUCCCCUUCCUCUCCAUUUUUAGGCUGGUUAGAACAGUUUGCAGAUUGAUUGCAGCUCGGUGCAUCGGCAAGCCGGCGCUAGGGUAGAGUUGUAAACCAAAUAGUGUGAAUUAUUAUAGUAAUGUGUAUAUAAAUAUAAAAUAUCCAAUAAGAUAACAUGCGAGUAGCAACCUCCGCUUGUCUCAGUCUUCAGCAUGCACGUAUAGUGUACCACUCCGGAACGCGCAAUCGGCGCAAAAACAUGUUCCAACGAUGUUCUGCAGUUGCUAGAACAAACAACAAACGGAAACAGCGAUCCUUUUAGUGAAGCAGGGCUCGAACCAGACAAGUGCAGCGUUGCAAGCGUGCAUUAGGGAUCUGUUUACCAUUAACUCGCAUAGCGAUAGUUUUUGUACUCAAGCGAACUCCUGCCCGAUGGGGGAGACGAUGACCAUAGACGUCACAUUAAAGUGCAAUGCAUGUAAGGUAGACAGGACCGCCUGCGGUGGAAAGCUUAUGAUUUGGAGCGUGACUGAUUGAUGGGUAGGUGCUCGGGGGAAUGGAAUGAAAUAUCCGAACCGGACAACUUACUCCUGACGAAAGCAAAGUACUGAUACGACGAAUGCUAACUAGAUAGAAGAUAAGAAAAAGGGAAAGAGUCGCGAAAAGAAGUAGGCAUGCUUGACCAGCGGCGAUUAGUAUCUAAGAUAACUCAGACAGUCCAGCCGAUAAGCACUCGUUCGUUUUUCAACCUCGACCACGGUUCGUAAACCCAGCUUAUCUCUUUGUUGAGCCACCUUUCGUUUCGUGCCACUUCAAAUUCUACUAACCUGGUUUGACAAACCUCUAGUGAAGUCGUACGAGGUAAAGAGUGGUUUAACAAAUCAUAAAUCUGGUUUAAGAAACCGCCAAACGUGUUCACCACCUUUGCGCUGUUCAGCGUAGAAGCGUGCAAUGGAAAUGAUACAGUGAUGAUAACGAGACGCAUGUAUGGAAUA